ACCCACCACCUUCAUAUGCAUUUUUUAAAUCUGUCUAUGGAAUCUAUCGUCUGUGUCCGACAUAGUGGUCCCGCGCCGGAGAACUUCAAAUUGUCACAGGGAUCUGUUGCUUCAUCACCUACUUGUCAACAUUUGGGACGAUGACGAACUGGGGCAAUGUUACAGAAACAAUGUUUGGCACAAUGGGCCGAGGAUAAUAUGCUCUGGAGUUUACUUAUUUCAUUCCUGAGAUAAUAGGGCAUAUUUUGAAAGCAUCGCGAGUCCGCCAAACUAAUGCGCUCGGAGCUGUCGAUGGCCUAGCAGACGACAGUUGCUGACCUCGCAUGAUGAUGAUAUGAAGAUAGUCAAUUAUUGUCGGUGCACUUUCUACGAAGGUAUGCAACCGCUGUACAGAACGUAAUACGGAAGCCACUCUGGAUCCUAGAUACUGUACCAGCAUUCAAUAUUCAACGCCGUCCCGGGGAAUUGCAUGCCUACUUACUUAACGUUGGGUUCCUGGAUCUGUUGAUGAUCUCGAACCACCUUGCAAGAUGCUCCGGGUAUUGGCCACUCGGGAAUAAUGUUUAGAGCCUUUGACAUCAAUAGCGUUUGGCCAUUCCGCAUGUUGGUUGUAGCGCCGAAGUCAAAGGAGUUGAUGCGAUUCCGUUUGACAUUGUCCUCAUUUAUUUAAUGUCUUUGGACGGUUCCAAUUCAAAUACUCACUUGUCACUCUUCACUGGCCACACCCAUUUUUUCUCGCCACAAUGUCCACCCACACUCCAACUAAAGGAACCCAUGCACGACGCCAUUCGGUAGCAGUUGAAUCUCCGGUCCAUACACACUGUGAUACAGUUCGACGCAAGAGACCACGGCCGACUUCUGAGCAGGCUAUAGUUCCGCCUGUACUGGACGAUUCGAGACCCGCACCUUCACAUCGACGGGCAUCUGUGGCCUCUGUGUCUCCUCCGUGGCCUACACCAUCCCGCAAUGUCACGGUCUCCCCCAUUAUAAUUACCCGGCAUCGGCGCGAACCCUCGAAGGCGUCGAAUGGUUCAGCGAAUAUAGGUGAUCCCUCAAUUCAACCAUCAGCCUUGCUACUCAAACGCCGUGGAUCUGCAAGUGCAGGUCCUUCGAAUCUCAAGUUAAGUGGUGAAGGGAGUAAGAGCUGUGCAGGAAAUUCCUCUCCGGGUGUCCAUUUCGCUUCUCGCAGCCCUCCCACCAGUUCCUCCCGCGACAAACGGCGUUCUCCCAAACCAGAAGUCGAGGUUCACCGACAAAUCGCUUCACACGCCUGCAACAAUCUUAGUCCUCAUGUCACACCACGUUCUGCUCAAGUGUAUACUGCAGACGGGAUCGAACUCUACAUCGACUGCUGCGAUGCUGUUGAUGCUUACAAUCGAUUGCGUUGUGCCCUGGAAGCAGAAAAGCUUCCAAAAGUUCCAAGAUACCUCAAGUGCUUCAUCAAAUCUCUGAAAGAUCGUAGGGUCGAACUUGGCUGCGGUGCACCCAUCGUGCGCAACUCGUUUGACUACAUUCAAGCCAGAGAGACAUUCGAUUUUCACUGCCAGCUUCUGUGUGCUAAACGUGACACGUUCCCACAGGAUCUUCAAGGCACUGCUCUCACCGACAAGUGUCAUGAAAUGCUCGAUUUGAUUGAUUCGGCUUGGGGUGCGCUGCAUGAAUUUCUGCGGAAAGCUCAAAAUAUCUCCAUGUCUCUUUGUUCUGAAAUCGAUGUCCUGCCGAAUGGCGAUGAAGCAACCACCCUUCAACUCAGGAGGGUAUCAGCAAUGUUCGAGACCAAGGAAGCAGGUUCAUCCACUCUGACGGCUCUCAUAGAGGGCAUCAAAACCUACCUUCGUAUGCUUUCAGGACCCCCUGGAAGGCCUGGUGCGAAACUAGUCAAGAGACGACCGACUCUCACCAAUCCCUCCGUGACUGUUGACUCUUCCGCUGCCGCGAACGGAUUUACCCCUGGUCGUAGUUCUACUGAUAGCGAGCGGUCUGCGUACGAGCACUCUGCUGACGUCUUGACUGGAAAGGGAUUUGAUACCUUCAAACUUUCACUGAGGGCUAGUCUCAUUGUGGUCUCAUCUGUUUCUUCCGUGGCCACCUAUGCCCUCGACUUUCCUCGGCCUGAGGCAGAACAGACAGACGUCUAUCGUGGACAAUCAGGCACAGUUGUAGCAGCAACAUUGUCGCAAUGGGUUCGCAUGUUGACUGACACCAUAGAAGUCAACGAAGAAGAUUAUACCGACAAUCUUGACACUUUCCUACUUUUCUUCCGCCAAUUCACAACACCGAGAGAAUUACUCCAGACCCUGAAGGAUCGCUAUCUUGAAACACCCUCCUCAAAUGUGGACACAGAUCAACUUCGUGCGUGGCGCCGCUAUCAUCGCCAUGCGAAGCUCUUCGUGGCCAAGAUAGUUUUCUGGUGGCUCAAGUGGUACUGGGUCGACGAACAAGAUCGCCCAUAUCUAGACAACCUUAUCGAAUUUGUGAUGCAGAUGGUCGCGAGAGACGACACCUUCUACCGUGGAGUCGCCGACUCACUCGCAUUAGGCCUAACCGGAGUCUCUGCGCAACAUGUCAACUAUGUUCGUCAUACCCAAAGGCUUGAGGAGAACAUAGACAAUGGAUCUACGUCAAUGCAGGAAGAGACCUCCUUCAAGUAUCAAAGCGAAAAGCUCAAAAACAUGACAACUGGGCCUAAGGCGAUGUCACUAAACGUGAUAGAUACUUUGAUGCUUUGUGGGCCUGGAGGUUCAGAGGCCGUGGCUCGGGAGCUGACUCUCAUGGAAUCCAAACUCUUCCAUAGUAUCCUACCCGAGGAGGUGGCUUUCCUGGGUACUGAGCCAUCUCAGAAUUCUCGAGUCCGGCAAUGGACGCAGUUCACCAAUUCGGUGACGUUGAUGGUUGCAGAUCUAAUCCUGGUCCACACAAAGGCAGAAAAUCGGGCGCGAAUUUAUGCCUUUUUUGUGAAGGCCGCAGUCCAGUGUCGCAGGCUGCGAAAUUUCAACUCUGCACUUGCCAUCUGUCUUGGCUUGAAGCAGCUUGCAAUAGAUAGACUCGAGGAAAUGAAGGAACUUGUUGGACCAUACCAUACGGAGCAACUAGAUGAGGUUCAUAAUCUUUUCUUUGGUUCCCCUAACUAUUCUGGUUACCGGGAAGAACUCAAACAACCAGGACCAGCUGUACCUCUUAUUCCUGUUCUCAAACGUGAUGUGAUCCAUAUCUCCGAUGUCUACAAGAGAGAUUAUCAAGACUCAGUGAACAGAAGGAAUUCGAAAGCCAGGGAAUCUGAGCAACUGGUUGGAACAGAACAACCCGUACCAGAUGGUUCGAAGAGGCCACGCAUGAUUCGCAUCUCAUAUUACCGCAAUUUGCGCAAAGUCGUCCGAGAUAUCGAGCGGUGUUACGGGAACUACAACAUCGCUACUGACGAAUUCGUUCACCAAUGGAUCGAGGCAUAUCGCAAACCUUUGGAACUCCAAGGCAAGGAAUACGAUGCGAAAGUAGCCAAGUUAUAUGAGAAGAGCCAAGCAUCACAUUCCAAGUCGAAAUCGAGAUAGUCCUUGAACCUUAAUAGGGAUCGUUUUCCGUGGGUUACUGAGGAAGAUCGAAGACGUCGUUGACUAACUUUCGUUGAUGGAAACCUGCGCACCGACCUCCUCAAAUAAAUCUCACCGUGGCCCAAAUAUUCCAGACCCUGCCCUUUCUGACCGACAACCUUCACAUACCCCUUUUGCAACAUUCGAUUUACACAUUCGUUCUCGAUCUCCGUUCUCCUUCGCAGGAUAUAUUAAAGUUCUUUCUCGUGUUCAAUUUAUUAUCCUCCCUUUGUCAUCCUUUGUAUCCUUAGUAUUCGAGCGUCCGGGUCUCCGCGCAUUCGGUUUGUAGCUUUCCAGCACUUCAUAACUUAUAUUGUGUCUGCCGAUUCAAUGUAUCCUUAGGCCCAUUUCUGUAUGAUUUCAGACUCUCCAGAACACCGCCGCCCCGUUCAUUUGAUCGUC